GAUAAUUUUAGUCUUAUAACACGAAUGGUGGGAAACAGUCAUGUCUAUUUAAUAACAAAAUGUGUACAAAACUUGCGAUAGGACUUGCUUUGGUGGCUUCUGUGAUAAAGAUUGUGAUAUGUUACGAAGUUCCAGAAGCUAAAUUGGAAGCGAUCUAUCCUGAGGGACUAAGGGUGUCGAUUCCAGAUGACGGCUAUUCUCUCUUUGCCUUUCAUGGCAAGCUUAAUGAAGAAAUGGAGGGUCUGGAAGCAGGGCACUGGUCGAGGGAUAUAACAAAGGCCAAAAAUGGUUUAUGGAUUUUUAGAGAUAGGAAGGCAAAAUUAAAAAUAGGAGACAAAAUUUAUUUUUGGACGUAUGUUCUCAAAAAUGGUCUUGGCUAUAGACAAGAUAACGGUGAAUGGACCGUGACUGGCUACGUUGGCGAAGACGGGAAUCCAAUAUCUGAAGGAGUAAUUGCUAAUUCACCUUCCGUAACUAGCUCCACGGCUGCUCCUAAUUGGCAGCCGCCAACUACUUCAAAUGGGGAAGGAGGAACCUACCCAUGUGAGCUAUCAGUGUCUCAAGUGUCCAUUCCGGGUUUUGUCUGCAAGGGUCAGCUCCUAUUCGAGGAUAAUUUUAAUGAAGAUAUAGACGAUGGGAAGAUUUGGACUCCGGAAAUUAAAUUUCCCGGAGAGCCGGAUUAUCCAUUCAAUAUUUAUUUGUAUGACCAAAAUAUCCAAGCCAAAGACGGUAAAUUGACCAUCAAGCCAAUGACUUUAGAAUCAAGAUAUGGGGAAGGAGCUGUUGAAACAUUUUUGGAUCUCACUGAUAGGUGUACUGGUAAAAUUGGAACCGAAGAAUGCUAUCGGAGAGCAUUUGGCCCUCAAAUCAUACCACCUGUCAUAUCUGGUAAGGUGACAACAAAGCACAGCUUUGCUUUUAAAUAUGGUCGUAUAGAAGUUGGCGCAAGGAUGCCACUGGGGAAGUGGCUCAUACCUGAAAUACAAUUGGAACCUCGGGAUAAUGUGUAUGGAGCGAAGAGAUACUCUUCUGGGCUUUUACGUAUAGCUUGCGUUAAGGGUAAUGUGGAAUAUUCUAAAAAUCUUUAUGGUGGACCCAUAUUGUAUGACUCAGAUCCUUUUAGAUCAGCUUAUUUGAAAGAAAAAGUUGGAUUUGACCAUUGGAGUAAAACUUUCCACAACUAUACUUUGGUAUGGAGACCAGAUGGCAUUUCUCUUUACGUUGACGGAGAAAAUUAUGGUGACGUUUUACCUGGUGUAGGAUUUGCAGAAGAAGCCAGAAAGAAUAACAUAAAAUCUGGUUCACAAUGGCUGCGAGGAACCUUAAUGGCACCUUUUGAUCAAAUGUUCUACAUCUCCCUUGGUUUAUCAGUGGGAGGAAUCCAUGAGUUCCCCAACGGCCCUAAUAAGCCCUGGACCAAUAAGAGCGUUAAGGCUAUGAUCGAUUUUUGGAAAGCCAAAGACCAGUGGUUCUCCACCUGGUUUGACGAUACAGAUAUGUUGCGCAUUGAUUACGUUAGAGUCUACGCUUUAUAGAGAUUAAUGAAUAAAAAAUACCUAUUUCUAUUUUAA